CUCCCCUUUUCCCGAUUUUGCCCCCUUCAUUCCCAGCUUUCCCAGGAUGAUCGAGGUUGUCUGUAACGACCGGCUGGGGAAGAAGGUUCGGGUCAAGUGCAACCCCGAGGAUUCCAUCCGGGACCUGAAGAAGUUGAUCGCGGCGCAGACGGGCACCCGCUGGGACAAGAUCGUGCUCAAGAAAUGGUGA